ACAAUAAUAACCCCCAGCAGAUCGCCUCUCCUAUCUGUAAGUGCGAACUCUCUCUCUCUCUCUCUCUCUCUCCCUGAAAGAUGACGCCGAUCCAUUCCCGCAAUCCCUCGUUCCUCAUCUCCCUCUCGUUCCUCAACUCCCUCCUCUGCCUUAUCGAUGUGUGUGUAAGUUUGGGUUCUUCCCAUCCUACACCUCCCCCUCUUCCCAUUGCGCCGCUGCCCUCCGCCGCGCAGCUCCGGUGGCAGCUGGGCGAGAUGGCUCUCUUCCUCCACUUCGGCCCCAACACCUUCACCGACUCUGAGUGGGGCUCCGGCCACGCACCCCCCUCCGUCUUCCGCCCGGGCUCCCUCGACGCCCGCCAGUGGGCGCGGACCGCUGCCGCUGGCGGAUUCGCCCGGGUGGUCCUCACCGCCAAGCACCACGAUGGAUUCUGUCUAUGGCCCUCCGCCUAUACUGACUACUCCGUCCGGUCGAGCCCCUGGCGCGCUGGCCGGGGCGACGUGGUGGCGGAGCUGGCGGCUGCCGCGAGGGAGUAUGGGAUCGGCAUGGGCGUCUACCUCUCCCCGUGGGAUCGGCACGAUCCGUCCUAUGGGAGCACGGUGAAGUACAAUGAGUAUUAUCUGGGGCAGAUGACCGAGUUGCUGACCAACUACGGUGAUAUUCGGGAGGUUUGGUUGGAUGGUGCAAAGGGAGAUGACAAGGAAAUGGAGUACCACUUUGAUUGCUGGUUUCAGCUUAUCCAUCAGCUCCAGCCAGGGGUUAUGAUAUUCUCUGAUGCUGGCCCGGACACUAGAUGGAUAGGAGAUGAGUCUGGAGUUGCUGGUUCUACUUGCUGGUCUCUUUUCAACAGGAGUUCUGUCACAAUUGGCCACAUUGAUGAACAAAGUUCUCGUCAUGGAGAUCCUCAUGGAAUUGAUUGGGUUCCUGCUGAGUGUGAUGUAUCCAUCAGGCCAGGAUGGUUUUGGCACAGUUCAGAACAUCCGAAGUCUGCAAUGGAACUACUUGAUAUAUAUUACGAGUCUGUAGGCAGAAACUGUCUCUUGAUCCUGAAUGUUCCCCCUAAUUCAUCAGGCCUCAUAUCUGAUGAAGACCUUCAGGUUCUUCAGGAUUUUACUGCACUUCGGAUCACCAUAUUCUCUCAUAACUUAGCUUGGAAUGCUACUGUCACUGCAAGCAGUGUGCGUGGAGGUGAUAAUGAAACUAGGUUUUCUCCCUCAAACGUACUCCAAAAAGGUAUUAGUAGUUACUGGGCUCCCGAUGAGAGUGAAUCUGAUUGGGCAAUAUUCCUUGAUCUUGAGCAAUUCAUAUCGUUCAAUGUAUUACAAAUCCAGGAGCCAAUCCAGAUGGGUCAACGUAUUAUUGAGUUCCAAGUUGACAUUCUGGCAUCUGGAGAAUGGAAGACCAUAGCAAAUGGCACAACUAUUGGAUACAAAAGGCUUCUCCGUUUUCCUAUGGCAGAAACCCAGUUUUUGAGGUUUAUCAUCAACAAGUCCCGUGCCAGCCCAUUGAUAUCUUACAUUGGCAUCCAUGCUGACCCUUUCUCCAUGGUUUAUGAUUCAGUCACUGCACGGUCUUCCUCUACCAAGAGAUUUUCCUUCAAGCGAAGAAAUAAAAGAUUUGGCUAUGCCCUCGAAUCUGCGAUCUAGGUUGAGAGUAACAUUCCUCCUGAUAAAUGUGUUUGGGCAAGUUGCACUGAGAGAAUUUGGUGUUUGGACAAUUUCAUCUCCAGCAUAGUUCAAUAAAAAGCUCAACGAGGGCAAUAAAGGAUGCCGCUUCCACCUGUGUUCAACUCCAGGGCCUUCCGCAGGUGUACAUUUUUUUUCUCGUGUGUAUAUAAGACGAGCUUUGUUGAAGUCGCAAUAAAUAUGCACAUUCAUAUACUUGCCCUCUCUAAAGAUGGCUAAAAUAGUCAUAGAUAUUGUUGCAAAGACAAGGGGUAAAUUAUUUGAGGUUUUCUGGAGGUAAAUGGUUGGUAGAUAAUAUGGUCAAGAAAAUAUUUGGAUUAGACUAAUUGCAGAAAAACUUUUGACUAUUAGCUAAAGAUGAGCUUGGAUGAAUCUAUUAGAUGGACUGACCACCAAUCUCUUGCCAGUUCCGUUGUAGCAAUAAGAUAAUAGAAGAAAUAUUUCUGGUGCAGCGGAGAAGACAAUUGUUCUCGACUCUUGGUAGAAAAAUUAUUGCAAACAAUAGCAGGUUGGUUUUCCAUGAAGAGCAUGUGCUACCAGCAAAAGUUGCUUGGAAACCUUUCUGAGAUGGUUAUCAAUGCCUGACAUGAAGUAUGAGUUACAAAAGGAAUCUCCUCCACAGAUAAAAAUAAAAAAUAAAAAAAUCAUUUUUCCUGGGAAUUUUCCAGUUGAUGAAAAUGUUAAGAGGCCAGCUGCAGAGCUCUGGUAAAUAUCAACUUCAUCUUUCAGCAAUAGUUAAUUAACACCAUUCAUUGGCUGCCAUUGACUACAGUGAACAUGAGAAACAAAUUUGGAGAUCACACAGUGAAUUAGUUCUUUCUUGCAUCAUAAAGCCAUCGAUGUCUCAUAUGCGAGUAAAAUUCAGACAGCGGCCGAUCCUGUAAAAGCACAAGGUAUGGUAUGUAGUUAAGCAUAUGAAUCCUCAUUAUGGACUAUUUUUAGAUUUGCUUUAAUGUUUGCUUCAUCUUUUCUCCUUUUUUCUUUUCCUGUACAUUUUUACUCCUGUGCUAGAAGAUAUGAUUAUUUUGUAAAUGGUACGUGCACAGUGUUAAAGUGUCACCUUUAACAAUCUGGAUAUUUCACAAUCCAAAAGCAUGUACAUCACAUACAUCAUCAUGGAACAUAGGACUAAUUUGCAGCUUCUUUAUGUCUCUCUAGACAAUGCCCUGAGCCACAAUUUCCAUGAGAAAGCACUUCAACUACCAUGAGAUGGUAGUCAAAGGUCUCCUGCAUGCACCUCACUUAACACCAGACAUAUGUUUCACACAAAUUUUGGUAGUCAAAGGUCUCCUGCAGAUUUUGGUUUGUAGUUGCUUCCUUUUGUUGGUGAUAUAGAGCGAAUAAUAUUUACAAUUGCAUAUUAUUAUGGAUUGAUAGUUGCCCUUUUUUUGCAGACAUGUGUUGAGCAUGAAAGUUUUGGCUUUAGUUUUGCCCAAGUCAGUAGUCUUGUGCAUCCCUAGUAUGUAAACUUCCUUGUAUCCAAUUUACUUGUAUGGCACUUCUUUUGGCAUAAUCUUGGAACCCAAAGCCCCCCCAACUCCUGCACUUGCAUCACAAGGCUGUUUGGUAUAGAGAUCUGAUAGAAUAGUUCCAUAUGCAAAUGUAUGAUAUAAGAUGAGAAUUGAUAGGACUUUUGAGGAUUCCAGCAUUGCAAUUAUGUAAGCUUUGUCAUAAAGGUGACCAAUGUUUUUUA